AUGUCUUCAACGUCCUUAUUCGUGCAAAUAUUCGUCCAAGUGUAUCAACCCAGCACCUCCUUCAUUCCAACACUAACCGGUCUGUUCCCACUGCCCCACACCUCCUUCGUUCCAACACUAACCGGUCUGUUCCCACUGCCCCACACCUCCUUCGUUCCAACACUAACCGGUCUGUUCGCACUGCCCCAGCACUCGUGCAUGCCGAACGUGUUCGUUCAGAACGUGUUCGUGGACACGCACGACCCUCGCUUCCCGUGGGUGUCUUUCUUCGCUCUCCGCGCGGUGCGGGCCGGGGCCGAGCUCACGUGGAACUACAACUACGACGUGGGUUCCGUGCCCGGGAAGGUCCUCUACUGUUACUGCGGGGCCCCAACGUGUCGCGGCCGGCUGCUGUGA